GCAGCGCGGCUUUUUGUGAAUAACUGUUUAGCCAGGUCAGCACCGAAAAUUUGCAUGUGCUUUUGAUCCUGUUGAAGAUCACGGGAAAAUGAUUAAGUCAGGACCGCUACUGGCAUUGGUUGCCCUUGCCCUGCUGGUAGCUUCGCAGGGCGUUGGUGCCGACAAGAAGCAGAGCAAGAAGUACAGCCGAGAAGCCAACGACCCGCAGCAUUUCGAGCAAGUACGACAAGAGAAGUACGAUCCCGAUUUCAAGAGCAUACAGCGACCGUUUCGAAUGGCCAAGCUGAAUCUUGUGUGGUCAAAGGCGCAGAACCGUUUGACGGAGCCCAAGCUGAAGUCGCUGUAUAUGGAGCUGAAAAUCCACGACAAGGAGGAGAUUGCAUGGAAGCAGCUAAAUUCGCAGCACAAAGACAAGGAUGGCCUGAAGGAAGACGAGCUACGCCGAAAGUUGAUUGGCAUCAUGAGCAGCUACGAUCUCCUAGAGCACUUUGAUGAGACGCAAGAUGCAGAAAAGAUUAAGCCCUUUAAGAAAUUCCAUGAUCCCGAAGAGCGACAUAAAAACAAGAGCUUGUUCAAGGACAAGAAACUUAAUCGGCUGUGGGAGAAGGCAGAGAUUUCGGGCUUUACUUCUGAGGAGUUGAAAUCCUUAAAGCAGGAGUUCGAUCACCACCAGGAUAAGGUUGAUGUGUACUACAGCCUGCUGGAAAACAUUGGCACCGUGGACACCGACAAGCAUGAGAAUGCCAUCAACACCGAGGACCUGGACACCUACAAUAUGAUUUCGAACGAUGCCAAUGAAAAUGAGAUCAAGACGCAUUCACAAAAUGUCAAGAAAUUUGAAAACGACUUAAACACAUUGCGCGGCCAUCAUGUGGGCAUCAAGGAUCACUACGAUCGGUUGGAGCGCCUUGUGUCCUCCGGACCCCAUAGUCAGGACUUCAUUGAACCGAAGGUUCAGGGUCUGUGGCGAGUGGCGCAGGCUAGUAACUUCACCGAAAAGGAGCUGGCGUCCAUCAAGACUGAGUUGUUCCAUUUUGAGAGUCGCCUACUAAAGCUGCGUCAUCUGCAUGCCGAGCAUGCUUUGCAUAAGGAGAAGUACAAGGAAGAGAAGCACAAGGAUAAAAGCAACCGCUUCGAGGAUAUGGAGGAUCAGCUUAAGAAGCAAACUCGCAAGGUUGAGAAGCUGCAGGAGAACAUUGAGAGAACAAUCUUCAAGCACACAGAACUCUAAACUCUUACAGCAUUCACAAAACGUGCCAAGCGAUCAAUUAGAAUUAAGUGCAACUGUUUUGUGUAAGGCACAAAAACCUUUAAAGCUGCUGCUUUUAGCAUAGUUAUAGUUUUUGAUACCAAAUAUCAAUUGUAUGAAAUAAAAUCUCAUGAAGUUUAGAUGGAA